UGAAAUCAUUGCUUUUUAAAUAUUUGAUGUAAAACUUGUUAGAACUCCCUAUAAUCUGUUCUAUCACAUCUCAAACAACCUGACUUUUUGGGCUUCAGGGUUUGGCAUUACCAAUUGCUAAAACAAAUUAAUAAACAAAAAUAAAAACAUAAUUUUUAGCUCACAAACUCUCUUUAACAAUGAACUCAAAAUAAAAUAAAAUUCUUUUUAAUUAUAUGAAAUUUUAUCUAUUUUACAUAGGAAAUUCACAUAAAAGCACAAUUUGGAUCCCAUUCCAACUAUAGGUGAGUUGAUUAAUAAAGCUUAAAAAAGGCUUUUAUUUAUUUACUUACACCAAUUUUAUUUCUCAACUAAAGAUAAGGAAGUAACUUAAAGGAUUGUAUAUUUCGAAGUAUUUUAAAAACUAUUGACAUGUUUUAUGCUAUUUAAUGUGAAGGGAUGUUGCAUUACCAAAGCUUAAACAAUUUCAAUAUUUUAUUCUCUUUAUUUUUAAUUUUAAGUUAAUUGAAAUUUGGAAUCAGUAUUAAAACAACUUUUAUCAUCAUAUUCAAAAUUAUAUACAUCGAAAAUUCGAACAUCUAAUAUUAUAUUUAAAUUAUGCCGUAUUACACUAAUAUGAUAAAUAAUGUUGAAAAUUAAGUAUUUUUUUUCAUUGCAAAUAAAUGUUAACAUCCUUACCUUGAAAUUUGAACAACAUAUCAAUAAAUGAAACUAUAUAUAUUUUACUACUAUGGGUUGGUUCGUAGAGUUUAUGUCUAGUGAUGAAUUUUAAAAGUUUAAAUUUGAUUUCUACUAUAAUAUAUUUUGAUUAUAUUUAACUAUAUAUUUAUAAAACUAUGUCUUACACUAAAAAGCUCACAUCUUGUUGCCAAGCCUUAUCCUACACUAUAGCAAGCUGCCGGUGGAUUAAAGAAAUACAUAACUAACUUGUAUUAGAAAAAUAUGUUAUGUUGAUUGUUGACAUAGUUUGAAAUUUAAUUUAACACUACACUAUAUUAGAAAAUUAGGAGUUGUUUCAAGUUUAACUUCCAUUGUUUUAUACACGAAAGAAAACCCUAUUUUCACAACAAAACAAUAUAAUAGAAAAGUAGAUGUCAAUUAGAUCAAAUCUUUUAGUUGAAUUAAUAAUAAUAAUAUAAAAGUAAGAAGAAAAAUUAUGUAGGAUGAUUACAUUUGAUGUAAGUGGUGGGCAAAAUGAACCAUCCUCUAUUAUUAUAUUAUUUACAUUUUACCAUCCAAAAGAAAAGAAAAACUAUUGAUUUGAUUGGACUUCCCCUUUAAACAAUGGUUCUUAAUAAUUAAACUUCAUUUAAACCCCCCCCCCCCCCCCCCAAUAAAGUAAAACAUUAUACGGUAAAAAAAAAAUGUGGAAUGGGUCCUUAAAACUAUGGAAUUCCUUACCUAAUAAUUUAUUAAAAAUCUAUAAAAUAUGUAUAUAAAAAAAUCUAAAUUAUCACUCUCCAAAGUCUAAACAAUCAAAUUAGUUAAUAACACUCCUAAGUUAGAAAUAAAUAAUAAUAAUAAAAAAAAGAUUAAAAUAGGGGUUAUUUUUAAAAGGAAAAAAGAAAAAGAGAGAGGGAGAAAAAGGUGAAGGUGGCGUCUCGUUUUGAAAUGAAAUACAGAAUUGAAUUGAAAUAUCCAAAGCCGAAGCCGAAGCCGAAGCCGAAGCCAAAGCCAAAGCCAAAUACAUUAUAUCUUUAUUAUAUUUAUUAUUUAUAGUUAUUCCCUUUCUUCCUCACAAACCUAAAUUAAACUUUGUCACUGCCACAGUUUCAAGAAUCAUUCUUUCCAAUUUCCAUUUUCCAAUUUCCAUUUCCAUUCCACUCAUCUUCAUCAUCAUCAUCAUCAUCAUCUUCUUCUUCUUCUUCUUCUUCUUUCUUGAUCUCAUCUCAUCAGUCAUCUGUUACUGUGAAAUGAGACAGAAUUCCACUUCAUUGCACACAAUUGCUUUUGCUCUAAUAAAAUUUUCUUCUUUUUCCCAACACUGCAUAAUCCCCACAUCCCAUAACAACUAUCUCUCUCUCUCUCUCUCAAUUUCAUCAUAAACACACCCUCUUGGCUCUUUCUAUCUCAACCUCUCUUCUUCUAAUUUCCUCUUAUCACCUUUUUUUUUUCUUCUUUUUUUUUCUUUCUUAUUGAGCUUUUUCCAAUCAACAAAAUGUUGGGUCUUCGAGAUGUUCUGUUUAUAGCUCCCACACCCUCUUCUCUUCACCAACAGACCCAAAUCAUUUCUUCUGAUCAUCAUCCAUCUCUUCCUCUCCCCUCCUCCACCGCUCUCGGCGUUAGCGUCGGCAUUUUCCCCCUUCUCGCUGCAACCCCAUGUCUCCCUCCCUCCCAGCCCCCGCCAAAUAAUCACACACCUGACGAUGUCACCGAUCGUACUCGCACUUUCGACAAUCUUAAGAGAACCCAAGAUUUUGGCUUUGGAAAAGGAGAAUCCUUGAUCGGCGGUCCCGGAAAUAAUGGCUCCGACGAACAUGUGAAAGGCGACGCUGGGGAUGGUUCUAUGGCUGUAUGUAGGGACUGUGGAAACAGAGCAAAAAAGGAGUGCGAGUAUCGGAGGUGCAGGACUUGUUGCAAGGGACGUGGGAAUCAUUGCUCUACGCACGUGAAGAGCACGUGGGUGCCCGCGGCUCGCCGCCGUGAGCGGCAGAUGUUGGUGGUUAUGGACGGCGUUGCCACUGCUAGUGGCGACGGAGGGUCUUCCGGUUCUUCUUCUGCUGGUGCUAAAAGGCCUAGAGUUUUGAUUCCUUCACAGAGUGCUGCCGCCGCCGCCGCCGCUUCCACCUCCAAUGCCACCACUCCCCGGAGCUUUGAAACAACCUCUAGCCAUCAGGAUGCAAGCUUCAAGAAGUCAUUACCGGGGCAUGUUCGAGCUCCAGCCGUGUUCAGGUGCCAUAGAGUGACUGCCAUUAGCAGUGGUGAAGGAGAGUUAGCUUACCAAGCAACAGUCAAUAUUGGUGGUCAUGUCUUCAAAGGCUUUCUCUAUGAUCAAGGAGCUGAUGACAAAAAUGCAUUCCCAUCUAUUUCACAUCUCCAUUUGGACAGUGGUAACCACCACAGGGAAUAGACAUUCCUUCUCUUCAUUCUUCUCCAAUUCUCCCUCUGAUCACUCUUCUCCUCCUGAAAACUCGGUCUCGACCACUUGAAAAAAAAUGAUAUCUGUGCUAAGAUUUCAGAGGUCUGUUGUGUUAUCUACAAGUUUUAUAUAGUUGUUAUCAUGGUAGUAAUGCAAUGAGUCUUGCACUAAAUAGACCACAAAAGUGCAUAGUGGUAAUAGAAAUUUUCUGUUCUAUAGUUGUUCUAGCCUUAAGCUAGGUUUAGUGUAAGAUUUAUCAAGUUCAAAGAUAGUUGGAUAUUGGUCUUCUGUAUAUUGUUUAGAAGAUGUGUAACUUUCAUCUAUCCAAAUAUCUGCCGAAACAAGUUAGCUUGUCUUAUUUCAUAGCAGCUGUAUUAUAGUUGGGAUACAAGAGUUCGAUCUCUUCUGUUA